AGAUUUCUUAAAUUGAGACUUUUUGGAUCGAAAGUUUGGCAGGAAAGAGAAUCAAUUAAUGGAAAAAGAAGUUCUUUCCUAUCUCGCAUUGCGCUAUCUACAUUUGCCGACGCGUAAUCGGCGGAGGAGGAAGGAGUGGGGAGAGACUAGUACAAGACGUGCCAAAGAGAUGAACAAGACUUUCUAGUUCUGUUUGCUUCAUCACACUUUGAUCAAGCGGCGAAAAGGGUUUCUGCUUCUUCUUCCUUUAAGGUAUUCGUUGAAGCACAUUAGUUUUGUUUUUCUAUUUCUUAAAUCCAAUACAGUCAUGAUGAAGAUCAUCAAUUGCUAUAAUUGAUUGAUUGAUUGAUUGAUUGAUCGAUCUAUAUAUAUAUAUAUCCAAUUAUGGUGCUGGGGAUUAAGUCAAAGAAGAAUGGCACUAAAUUUAAAUUGGAAUAUUAUGUGAAUGUUCAAGAGAUUAAGCCUUGUCCGCCUUCAUCCCAGUCUCUGAAAGCUAUCAAUUAUGUACAGCUUCAAUGGGUAAAUGGAGAUAAGAGUUCUGGGUUAUUAUCUACCUCUGUUGUGAAUGGCAUUAUUGAAUUCAACGAAACGUUCCUUCUCCCGGUUACUCUUCGUAAGCAAAAGAAAACCCAUGAUAAUUUCUUGAAGAACAACUUGGAAUUCUACUUGUAUGAAUCCCAACAGGACAAAUUGGGAAGAGGCCAACUUCUGGGUACGGCUAUCGUCAAUCUUGCAGAUUAUGGUAUCAUAAAACAAAAUAUAAACAUUUCUGUUACUUUGAACUGCAAGAAGAUUGAAAAGUCAUUCAUUGCACAACCAGUUUUAUUUCUCAAUGUACAGCCAUCUGAUUUGGAUGGCUCUACUCAAUCCUUUAAUGAAAGCUUGUCAAAUGAUGGAGGAGGAGAGUUCGAUGAUGACAGAUCCUCCGAGGUUGCUUCUUUUACAGAUGAUGACACUUCCUCUCAUUCUUCGCGAACUGUUUCCUCUCAUUCUUCGCAAACCGUUUCCUCUUUAUCCCCUCUCAGAAAAGAGUUUACUGGACAGAUUGCUCAAGGAAGAGGUAAAGUUCAUGAAAAUUCUCAACUGUCAGCAAGAUACAGUAGUGUCGAUAAAACACCCACACCGAUUCCUACUGAGAGCAUAUACAGUGAACUGGAGGCCAUGACAUCUUACGAUGCGAAUAUCGAUUUAAUCUACGGAAAAGAGAAAAAAGAGCCUCCGCAAGAAAAUGUGCAUACGCCAGAAUUGUUAUUUGGUAAUUCACGUACGAGUUCCGCGAGGAAAACUACUCUUAGGAGUGAGACUCUUACUAGUAGGAAGUUAGAAGAGAAGAGCAAAAGUAGUAGUAAACUUAAGCACAUGAAAUCCGUUCAGAUAAGUUUCAACUCUGCUAGGAUCAAUGGACUUUUUAGUCACAAAACGGAUAAGACAAAGGAAACAGAUAACCAGGAAGAUAUCCAUAACAAAAGUACAAUGAUGGAAGAAAAGGGUUCUUCUUCUACUUAUGCGACUGCUAAUGAAUGGAAGUCCAAGGUUGAGAUGCUAGAGGAGGAAUUGAAGGAAACUGCUGUUCUUGAAGCUGCUCUGUAUUCUAUUGUUUCAGAGCAUUGCAGUUCCACAAAUAAAGUUCAUUCUCCAGCUCGACGUCUCUCUCGAUUCUAUAUCCAUGCUUGCAAAUCAAUGUCAUUAGUUACUAAAGCAAGUGCGGCUAAAGCUGCUGUCUCGGGAUUCAUUUUGGUUUCUAGAUCAUGUGGAAACGAUGUCCCCAGGUUAACUUUUUGGCUCUCCAAUUUGAUCAUGAUGAGAACCAUUGUGAACCAAGCUGUUGGAAACGUUUCAUCUUCUUGCGAAAACGUGAAAGCCAACAACAACUGUGGAGGUGCAAAAUUUGUGCGCAAUCGUGAAAAAAUUGACCAGUCUUUGAUUGAAGAACUAGAUGGCUGGGAAAAUGCUCAAACAUUCAUAAUCGCAAUGGAAAAAGUGGAAGCUUGGAUAUUCUGGAGAAUUGUCGAAUCAGUAUGGUGGCAGACUCUUACACCACACAUGCAGCCUAACUCAGGGAAGAACAGUCUCAAAGGUUCGAAUUCAAGGAAAACUAGACAUGUUUUGGGUGGUGAAGAACAAGGGAAUUCGUCUAUAGAGCUAUGGAGGAAAGCUUUUAAAGAUGCGGGAGAAAGACUUUGUCCAAUUAGAGCAGGAGGACAUGAGUGUGCAUGCUUGCCAGUGAUUUCUAGAUUAGUAAUGGAGCAAUUGGUGAACAGACUAGACGUUGCGAUGUUUAAUGCAAUUCUUCGUGAAUCAGCUGACGAGAUGCCAACCGAUCCUGUCUCUGACCCCAUAACCGACUCUAAAGUUCUUCCAAUACCUGCUGGAAAGUCGGGUUUUGGUGCUGGUGCACAACUCAAGAAUGCUGUGGGGAAUUGGUCAAGAUGGCUGGCGGAUCUGUUUGGUGUUGAAGAUAUUGAUUCUUUAGAGGAAAACGACAUUCAAGAAGAUGACAACAAACCGACGAUGAUGACAUCAUCAUUCAAGUCUUUCCGACUUCUGAACGCUUUAAGCGAGCUGAUGAUGCUACCAAUUGGAAUGCUUUCUGAUGGUUCCACUAGAAAGGAGGUGUGUCCUUUAUUGGGUCCAAAGAUAAUCAAGAGGGUUCUUCAAAAUUUUGUUCCUGAUGAGUUUUCUCCAAGGCCUAUACCAAGAGCAGUCUUCAACUCCCUUGAGGAGGAGGAAGAAGAAGAAAUGAUGAUGAUGAUGAUGAUAAGAAACUUCCCCUGCAUUGCAAAUAAUGGUGCUGCAAUUUAUUUGGCUCCCUUAGCCACAGAAAUGGGAUCAGCCCAAAGUAGUCUACAGAGGACUACAUCUUCAAUCCUUAAGAAGUCAUACACCAGCGACGAUGAACUUGAUGAGCUUGACUCCCCUUUCACCUCCAUCAAUCUUGACAAGGCUCGCAGGAGUAAUUAUCCUGGCUCCUUGAAACCCAACUGGAUACCUACAGGAGCUCGCACUUCUGUUAGAUAUCAGCUCCUCCGACAAGUAUGGGAACAAGCUGAAUAGUUUUCCUUUUUUUUUUAUUAUCUAUAAAUCAUUAUCAUGUAACAGAUUUUAUUAUAAUCUAAGAUUAUUUGUGCAUCUUCAAACUCUGUUCCAACUUCCAACUGACCAGAAGAAGAUGUUUAUUUAUAAUCUGAUUUUAUUUAAAUAAUUGAUGAAAUUAAAUUAUUUAGAGAUGUA